UUUUUCUUAUAUAUAUAUCUUAUUGGAAUUUUAAAUAUGAACGAGUCUGGAUGUAAUUUAUUGACAACGUAUGCUUUUAAAGGAGGAAAAGAAUAUGUCGUUAAAAUGAAAGUAAUGGCUUUUAAACGAAGUCAAAGAUGUCUGGAAUUGACGAUAACAGAUAAAUUUACUGCAGAAGAUUGGAGAUCAUCUUACGAUACUGCAUAUAUUGAAAACUUGACCCACAAAACGGGAAAUUAUAAACAGUUUGAUGUGUUUGUCGCAAUGCUACAAUCAGGACUAUUAAAAGUAACUUUUACAUUGUGGUUCUAUAAAUCUAAUUUAUAUUCAACAUCAGUAAUAAUAAGUAAUUUACAGACAAGCGAAUCUAUCACAUUGGAUUUAUUGACUUUUGAAGAUCUAGAAUUAUUACGCUCACGCAAAAUUGAUAGUAAUUCUGUUUCGACUAUAAGUAAUAAGUCAAAUAAUAGACGAUACCUUAUUUUAACUUAUACAGUAGAAUUUGAUCGAAUCCACUAUCCAUUGCCCUUGGAAUACUGUGGUUUGCCCGAUUCGACAAUAUUGCAAGCAACGAUAAGAAGAUUGCAAGCAGAAAUAGAAAAAUUAAACUCUACUGGUAUGAAUAAAGAUCUUCAAAAACGGAUAGAAACACUUUCAAUCACAAAUCAAAGAUUACUUGAAGAAAAUCGUAAGCUCUCUAGCGGAGGAAAAGGCAUAAGACGAUUAGCUAGUGCAAUAAGUGCAUUAGAAAAUAGCGUUGCUAAAGAACGAGCAUCAUUCCGAGCACAAAUUCAAAAACUUCGUGCUGAAAACGCUGCCUUGUCUCUAAAAAUACGUCAGCUUACUGAAUCCGCUAUCAAAAGAUCUCGCAAUAAUAGUCCUGCGUUAAAACGUCGAACUCCUCCGCCUUCUUCGUACAGUCGUCAUUCCAUUAAUAGGAGAAGUAGAAGCCGAUCUCCUUCUAUUUAUGGUCAUUUUAAAACGUCUAGUUUGUCACCUGGAAGUUCGAUGGAGUCGUUUCAAACUAAAACUUCUUCGAAUCGAAAUAUUACAAAAUCACGUUACAUUUCCUCUAAAGAAUCAAAAAUUGAUUUUGGAAAUUUGGAAUCAAGAAUUUACACACUCCAAAAAAUGUUAAAAGAGGGAAUUAAUCUGAGUUAAAAAAAAAAGUACAG